AUGUCCGAAAUUCAUAAAGUCAUGUCCAAUCGUAAAGUUGCAAUACCAAGUUACUAUAAAAUGGAACAAAUAGAUUCGGCAUUGUUGUUGGAACCACCUAUAGGAGUUACGUUAGGGAUGCCAGUAGAGAGUCUUCUAGCUCCCAGUAGACGAUGUAGAUCAACACAUCCCCGUCGUCACCUGAACCCCUUCAUUCUAUUCAGAAGAAAUUUUGUGGCCCUACUUGCGGCACAUCCGGUACAUCCGAAGAUGGGUCCUUUUGAAGUGACCAGACGCAGCGCGAAUGAGUGGAGAAACGCUCCUCCCGUAGUCAAAGAAUACUUCCAAAUGUUGUCUGGCGAAGCAAACAAACGGCACGCCAUAAACUAUCCUCCAUUUAUGUACGCACCACGAAAAAGACGAAUUACCAAAAGUGCGUUUGCGGCAAAUAUGGAUAGAAAGCGGAAAGUCAGUAUCGGAUUGUUUAAAUGGAGAAACAUUUAA